UUAUUUUCACAUGUCAGGUAAUUUGGUGUAUAUAUAUAUAUAUGCGUGUGUGUGUCUGUCUUUCCAUCACUUCUGGCUGUCUAUCUUACCAUCUCAAGACCAACAUAUUAGUGUAGCAAAUUUUGUGAUUAUUCUAUUUAGUUUAACCCUCCACAUUGUAAAUAAGUCAACUUCAACUCAGUUGUUGAUGAAAUGUACUAAUUUCGCUACACUUUAUAUAAAUACAUAUAUACAUAUAUAUAUGCUGAUUCACUUGGAUCUUUGACAAAAAUAACAUUUACAGCAAAGUGAAAUUAUUUAAUUUGUUACAACAUCAAAAUGGCACCUUUACCUACUGUGAAUAAUCUGUCAUCAGAUGUAACCGUAGAACCACAAAAUUCCCAACCAGUAAAAUCUUAUGAAUUUCAGUCGAAUAACGAAAACAUAAGAGAAAAACCUGAUUUAAGUUGGUCUGAUCUAAUACCACAAUCACCUGAUCAAUCAGAAAAUGACACUUAUCCAAUGCAUAUUCAGACAGCAUUUCGUAUUGAGGACUAUCCAACAUACGAUCAAGAAUCAAAUAUGUCAGAUAAUGGAAAUAAACCAAAUCAAAUGUUACCAAUUUAUUGUUCUAUUAUGGGAUUAAUAAUUAUUUCAUUACUUGCCUAUGUAGUCUAUAAACUCUGGAAGCAAAGAGAAGCUUCAAAAAAUGCAAAGCUAUCUGAUGCUUACAAUAUUGGCUGUAAUAAAAAUAAUCUAUUAGACAGAACAACUUGUGUAGAUAAUCAUCAUUUUCAGCAUCAUAUGAUUUCAUCAGAUUUACUAAAUCAUUCACCACAGUCUAUAACUGAGAUUACCAAGGAGGCCAGCAACAACAACAACAAUAAUAACAAUGAUCUUAUUCUUGGUCAUGAAAAAGAACCACUACUUGGAAAAUCAGUUGGUUUAAACAAUUCAUCAGAUUGCCUUGAACAACCAUUAACAGUGGUCCCUAUGAAUAUACUUGGAGUUAUUUGUUAUCGUUUAUCUCAACAUGGAUGGCAAGACCUUGCUAAUACAAUGAAUUUGGAUACAAAUAAAUUUGAUAAAGCUACGGCAUCAAAUGCAUCGGAUUUGUUAACAGCUACAUUAGAAGCUCAGGAAACUGUUGAAUCGCAUUUAAAAUCAUGUAAUCCUGAUAACCUUAACAACAACAACAACACAGCAGCAGCAGUAACACUCAUAACGAUUUAGAUACUCUUAGUAAUGAUUUAAUUAUGACUGUAUCACUUAUUCAAUAUAUCUAUAAAAAUAAUAUACUUAAUUUAGGUCAACUUAUUAACUAUUUACAAAAAUUGAAUCGUCCAGAUCUAAUCGCUUUAAUACAACAACAACAACAAACAGUAAACAAAUUGAAAACUACUAGCGGUUAUUCAAGUGAAGAGAAUAAAAGUAGAACAAAGUCAAUGAAAUCCAUGAAAGAGAAUUUUUCAAUUGAAAACUAAUCAUACAGCCAAUUAUCAUUAUUAUUAUUAUUAUUAUACAUUACCAGUAAAUAGGUAGAAAAUUAAUUCUUUCAGUAAAGCCAGUUAGUACACCACUUUCACAACACUAUAUACAUCUCUUAUCACAGUGUACUAAAAAGAGAUCUCUUCAAUUCAAUGUUCCUUUUGUUUUGUUCUACUAACAACAGUCCAGUGAAACUAAGUCAAGUCUUUUUUUUGUUGUUGUUUCUUCUUCUUCAAUCCUUUAAAGUUAACAGCUGUCACCAAAAACAAGUGAAACCAGUGAUGAAUUUUAGUGUGAGAGACAAAAGGAAUUAUUAAAACAAAAAAAAAACAAAUAAAAAAUAAAAUAGCUUUUCUACCAAAUUGAUUUUUUGUUUUAGGAAACUUAAUGCAUUUCAAAAGAAGAAAAAGAAGCAGAAGAAUUUGUAAAACGCCAACUAGCCUUGCCAAGAAAACUUUUUCUCACAUUAUGUAAUUAUUACUUAUAUAUAUAUAUAUAAUAUA